CUUUAAAGACUUGAUGGAUUGUUUAUGGACUACACACUCUUUCUCCACCCAUGGCUAGGUUCCUCUUUGCUGGCUACAUAGCCUUACUCCUCCUGCUGCUAGUCUUCCAAAACAGUAACUGCAAGGAUACCAACUUCUGUGCCCCUUCUUCAUGUGGCAAUCAUAAUAUUAGCUACCCCUUUAGCAUAAACAGUGAUCCAUUAAACUGUGGAAAACCUAACUAUACCCUCCACUGCGAGAAAAAUAACUCCACAGUAUUGUAUUUAGACUCACGAAAAUACUACGUGCAGGCAAUCAACUACAACAACUUGACAAUCCGAGUGGUGGAUCCUGGUGUUAAAGAAAAUGAUUGCUCUUCUCGUCCUGAUUUUUCUUUAACAUAUGCAAGAUUAGGUAAUUCCAGAAGGGCAUAUACUAUUUUUACUUUUAUAUUUACAGGCUUAGAUUAUAUCGCAGAUGAUGAUUAUCCAUAUACAUGGUUUCAAUACAAAAAGACAGGGUGGAAGUCGUUUCCCACAUACAAGCCUCUCCCGUUAUCGCAGAUGAUGAUUUUCAUAAACUGCACAAAUCCAGUGGAUUCUCCUCUGUACGUUGGCACUGGUACUUGCCUUAAUGGAGAAAAAUCUUCCAAUGUUUCACUCUCAAAGCGUUCUUAUGUGAAUGUUGGUGGGAUGAAGGCUUCGGAUCUGAUGAAACUGUGCAGCUUAGAGAGGAUGACGUUGUUGCCAGCCAAGGAUUACAAGAAUAAAUCCUUCAAGGAAAUUCACAGUCAGCUGGCAUAUGGAUUUGAGCUUUCAUGGCACAAUAGCAUGUGUGGAAGCUGUGCAUAUGGAUGCUACAUCUAUGAUUCGAACCAGACAGGCUGCGCAGAUGGACUUUCUUGGUUGGAAUUAACCGUAGGCGUGCUGCAGACUGUAACCAUUUUCAUUGCACUACUUCAGGGGACAAAAUUUAUCUUUGGGAGUCCGUUUGUGAUUGCAUUCUUGAUCUAUAAAUGGCGACGAAGACAUCUAUCAGCAUAUGACACGGUUGAGGAAUUCCUACAGACUCAUAACAAUCUUAUGCCAGUCGUAAGGUAUUCUUAUUCAGAGAUUAAGAAGAUGACCAGUGGUUUCAAAGAAAAGUUGGGAGAAGGAGGUUUUGGUUGCGUAUAUAAAGGAAAGCUUCGCAGUGGACAUUCUGCAGCAAUAAAAUUGCUGGGCAAAUCCAAGGCUAAUGGACAAGAUUUCAUCAAUGAAGUCGCUACCAUUGGAAGGAUUCACCACACCAAUGUAGUGCAACUAGUUGGUUUUUAUGCUGAGGGAUCAAAGCGCGCUCUUGUAUAUGAUUUCAUGCCGAAUGGAUCUCUCAAUAAUUUUAUUUUUUUUCAAGAAAGUUCUGUCUCUUUAAGCUGGGAAAAACUGCAUGAGAUUUCCCUUGGAGUGGCUCAUGACAUCGAAUAUCUACAUCGAGGUUGUGAGAUGCAGAUCCUACAUUUUGACAUCAAGCCUCACAACAUUCUUCUGGAUGAAAACUUCGCUCCAAAAGUUUCUGACUUUGGUCUUGCUAGGUUGUGUCCAACAAAUGAGAGUCUUAAAUCUCUCACUGCAGCGAGGGGAACGAUAGGUUACAUGGCGCCAGAACUGUUCUACAAGAAUAUCGGGCGCGUCUCAUACAAAGCUGAUGUUUAUAGCUUUGGAAUGUUGCUAUUGGAAAUGGCAGGCAGAAGGAAGAAUCUGAACGCAUUGACAGAGAAUUCAAACCAAAUUUACUGGCCAGAUUGGGUUCAUGACCAAGUCUCUAAUGAGAAGGCUAUAGAGAUUGGAGAUGGUGGCACGGAAGAGGAAGAAAAGAUAGUCAAGAAGAUGAUUAUUACAGGGUUGUGGUGUAUACAAAUGAACCCUCUGAAUCGGCCCGCAAUGAACGAAGUUGUGGAGAUGCUUGAAGGAGACAUUGAAAGCCUGCAACUGCCUUCGAGACCUGUUCUAUAUCCAGAUGAGAAGCCAAUGAACACUUGUGGAGAGUCAUCUUCCAUGUCUGAUUAUUCUUCGAAAUCAGUCAGCUUGAUUGAAAAUGCAUCUAAUUAAGUGAUCUUGUAUGGAAUACUCUGCUCAUGUGCAGGGGAAGGCUUGUCCCAUGAAUGAUACUAGUUCUUUGAAAGUUAAUACCAUUAUGAUAAACUGUAAGUCUGUAACCAUCCACCUUAUUUCCUGGUUGUGUAACUAGCUAAGAGAGUCCUAGUUGGCUUGUUAGGUUUGAACUAAUUUGUGUUCUUAUUAGAUGAAAUUUUUACAUCAAAUCUGCAUCUGAUUCUAGAGAUGUCGUUACACAUCCUUUUUGAAAGAAGAGACAUAAAUUCACGAAC